AUGAGGAAGAGGCUGGGAGCGGGGGCAGAAAGUUCGGAAUUUCCCGUGGUUCCUUGGGGAUUGAUUGUUGUAGAGAACCACCGGGCCAACACCAAGGUGAAGUGGCUGGGCCUGCUUGCCUUUCCUCAAGGCCCCAUGCGGCUCCCAGGGGCUUGCAGGCUGCCUAGCCAGGGCCUGCAUGUUGAAUGGGCAGAGCCCGAACCCGCAGCUGUGGGAGGAACCGAUGUUCUGGGAACUGUCGGGUGCCAGAGCAAGAAGCUUCUUAAGUUCCUCAGUGCUGAGCAUGGUGCCUGGCACAUGGCUUAUCUGGAAAAUAUCACAUGUGAGGUCCUAGGUGGGCUGCCUCAGUUUGAUGGGGGUGCAGAGCAGAAUUGGGUCCAGUCAGGCUGUGAUGUGGAGGCCAACUGGGAAGAAGGGAUGGUGAGACUGGCCACGGUUUCAUUGUUAGCAAAGCCUUCCCGAGAGCUUUCAACAUUAAAUUGCAAUGAGUUGCUUGAAAUCACCAGGUCUGUUCUGAGACAGCAAUCACCAACUAUGACCUAUUGGGUUUCGAGGCUGCUCCCUAGGAAUGUCCAUUCCUUGGGUACAUCAUCCAAGAACCAGAGAGUUGAGGAUUGUCAUCGACCUGAGGCCUAUGGGUACUUCUUACCCGUCCAAACGAGGUGGCAGGACAAUGACCAGUAUGGUCAGGUGAACAAUGCCGUGUACUACAGCUACUUUGACACUGUUAUCAGCCACUACCUGAUCAGAUACUGCUGCCUGAGAACCAGCUUGCUCACGUCCCCCAUGGUGGGGUUCAUGGUGACCAAUCAGUGCACUUCCCACAAACCCAUCAGCUUUCCUCAGGUCCCGGUGGCUGCUUUGGCUGUGGAGAAAGUGGGUCACUCCAGGGUGUAUUACCACCUUGCUCUGUUUCCACCUAAGGCCACCAAGGAGCUGCCUUCUGUAAAUCACUGGGACCUCAGGGAUGGUUUUUUCUCUGGCCACCCCAAGCUGGUCCAUUUUGACUCUUUGGCCUGUACUAAUGGGUCUUCCGUCCAUGUCUUUGUGAAUCCAGCCCCCCGCAAGCCAACGGGCUUUCCAGAAGACUUCAGGAGGGGCCUUCUGAGGCUAGUGAGCCCAGCUUCAGUGUGA